AUGAUCCGCGCCUGCGCCUACUAUCGUCUGGCGGCGCAGCGGUGUGAGGGGCUGACGGGCGCCUGGAUCGGGAGGAACAAGAUCGGGGCGAUUGGUGUGCGGAUCUCCCGCUGGAUCACCAGCCACGGAUUCGCGUUCAACGUGAACACCAAUCUGGAAGACUUCAACCUGAUCGUGCCGUGCGGCAUUCCGAACCGGGGAAUAACGUCGCUCGAACGCGAGGUGGUACGGGACGUUCCAGUCGACGAGGUCGAGGACGCGAUGGUCCGGUGCUUCUGUGAGGUGUUUGAGCGGGAGGCGAGCCCUACCUGA